AUGCCCGGCGCCAAUAUUAUGGCCGUGGUGUACUUCCUCGUCAGAGGCCACGGCUCUACAUCUAUGGCCGCGCCUCUGUUUCUACGCAUAUUCUGGCUGAUCUUCUGGCUGGCAACUGCUGUGCUGAUGUUGAUGGAUGUUCCCUGCUUCACCGUGACCCUCAGCUUUGCCAUCUCGGUCCCGUUCUUAUUCACCAAAGCCUACUUCUUCAUCCACCCCGGCUUCUGGCUCGGCUGGCUCGUCUUCACAGUCUGCAUGAUUUUAGUCUUUCCCUUCCAAGGAGCGCCUUGUAUUUGGCACCCCAUUGGCCUAUCGCUCGUGCUCUCGCUGGCGUGGCUGGUUAAUAAAUCUAAGGAGAGUUGCGAUCUGUGCUCGCUUAUCUGGCCCUCGGUGGACGUGAACCCGUUCGCACCACCUCUGCUCUCUGAGUGGCGAGUCAAUGUCUGGCAGGAGCGGCCACUUCUGCGAUACGUCUUUAUGAAGCUGUACCGCAACGACACGCCGAUGGGCCCUCGUCACGUCAUAUACCGCAGCAAGAAUAAUGUGCGCGACGCUAUAAAGAUCACGCUGGAACUCGAGUUCUCAUACAUCUGGAUUGACUCUCUCUGCAUCAUCCAGGACUCGAGCGACGACUGGAAUGCAGAAGCGGCACGAAUUGGCAGCUACUAUGCCGGCGCCGAGUGUACGCUCGCCUCGACUGGCUCGGAGUCUGGUGAUGGCGGCUGCUUCCAUUCGCGGCCCCACUCUCAGAGCCUACGCCCCUGCUGCGUAGCCGUAUCGUACAGCGGCAUAUUUGGCGCUUUCACGGGAGCAAGUCGAGUAUGGACGCAGAUUCGCCGCGACGAGAUGGCCGACUUCCAUCGCGGCGUCGAUAACGCAUCGCUCAACCGGCGAGGGUGGGUGCUGCAGGAACGAAUGCUGUCAUGUCGAAUCCUCCAUUUUGGUGCCGACAUGAUGUAUUGGGAGUGCUGCGCACGGUCAGCCUCGGAGCUUUGUCCGGGUGGCUUCGUCUACAAGAAGCAUCCCGAGGAGUACUACGGCGACUACUUACCGCGCACCACUAUUCCUACCGACGGCUCUGAUGGGCAUCUAUCGAGAUCCUGGAACCGCACCGCUAUACUGCGGCGUCGGGUGGCUCAGCCUGAUCUCGUCACCGACUUCGGCCAUGAAAAGCCUCUGCAAACCCCCGCUUGUCUCACUUACACAACGGACUUGUUCAUCGCCAUGAAGGGAAUAGUAGACAAGAUCCAAAGCACGACCAAUGAUGAUCUUGUAGCCGGUAUGUGGAAGGACCACCUCGUCGAGUGUCUGCUCUGGUUUAUGGCCAAGGGUCCCAGCCAGCGGAUGUUGGAAACUCAAAAAGGAAAAUUGCCUGGCGAGAUCAUUAUUGGCCCUCAAAUUGCACCAACCUGGUCGUGGCUCUCGGUGGAGGGCUCGGUCACGAUCGACCAGCUGCCUACCAACGCGCACAGGAAAGUAUUUCUCAAGUCUUUAGCCGUCAUAUGCUCUGCGACAGUGCAGCCAGUCGUGGUGGACGGACAGCAGCAGAAGCGACACUGGAAUGCAGUGGAGGGUGUGCUCGAGAUUCAGGCGCCGCUGUUGCGGAUCGCACGGCUGACGCACCGUAAAGACUCUAGUUGGCGCAUCCAUACCGGUGGCUGGGAACGUUCCGGCUUCUUACAUCCAGCGCGUUUCGUUCCUGACUUGGCAUCUUUUGCCGAAUCUAAGCCAGGACCUUUAAACUCAAACGAAAACAAGGAUGUUCCAGAGGAUCCAAACACAGAGUCGGACUUGUUCUGCGUUUCGCUUCUGAUGCUGCGACGCCAAACAGAGAUACUGUUCAACAUACAGACCUACGAAGUGCAGGGCAUUGCUGUGCGGCAUCUACACGGCGGACAGGCCGAAGAUGUAUUUGAACGUGUUGGCUUCUUCUCGACCGAUCCUGUGAAGCAGUGGUGGCGUAUACGGCACUUUGACAUGGCGCCACUCAAACUUGGUCGGAGUAUUACUCGUCUAGCAACGGCCGCAACGGUGCAAAACGCCUCACCCAAGCCGACGCCAAAGACAAAACUUGGCGCUGUAUCUGUGGUCGAUCUACUGCCAGUGAAGAGAAUUCGGCAGACGGAUACACGACAGGCGGAAGUUGGCCCAGAGCAACGUCCCAGCGAGCCUGAGCUAGAGCUAGCACAGUUGACCCGACAGAACCUGGCCCGAUUCAACAGGAUGAAGAGAAAGGCAGUUGAUAGCGAAGACGAAACCACGGACUCGCCGACCACAACGGACACCACGACAGUCUCGACGACGGCGUCUGCAUUUGCUAUGAAGGCGUUCAGAAAUGGCAUUAGAGUUCACACCAGCACAAAGCCUCCAACAAAUCUAGCGGAGAUCGAGAAGCGUUUCAAGAAGCCUCGUAAAAGUGUUUCGCCCACCGAGUCGGAGCACCGGCUGUUUACAAGAUGUGUUGAAGAUGCCGACAACGAAGCAACCAUGGUCUUUGAGGUAGGACAUCAGCUGCUGAAGAAGCACGAGGAUUCCGGGUACAAAAGGUCGUUCGGCCCAUCUUUCAAGGGCUUGCCCAAGAAUGCCGGCUUCAAUAACGGCCUCUCUGCCCCGCAACCAGAUUUUGUCGAGGGGCUCCGCAUGGAAGAAUAUGAUCCGUUCCCGGUGGACGAAUAUAUCAACGGGGCCGUCCUUUGCAACUUCUCACCCCGUUCCGUCACGCUUCCACACCUGGCCGGAGAGUGGAAGGGCCCCUCUGGAAACAUGAGAAAGGCAGAGCUCCAAAGCGCCUAUGAUGGAGCUGCCAUGGUCUACGCGAGAAACCAGGCCCUAUCCUACCUAGAACAGCCUGAUCGCCCAGGCUACGCCGUGGUGACUACCUUCACCACAGACGGCACGAGUCUCAACCUUUAUGCACACUACACUUCAUGCGCCAACGAUGACACAACCCAAUACCACCAGUAUCGUUUUGCGUCGGCAAACCUCACCACCUAUCAGGGGUACAAGAAUGCACAGAGGGGCAUCAGGAACGAGCAGGACCACGCGAAGGCCCAGUCGUACGCCCUCAGAGACCAGCUUCAGGCGCAUUGGAAGAAGCGUUGUGCUGCUCUCAAAAACGCCAUCAAGGAUACUCCCAACAACAAGCUUGCGCAGUCGCUUGUAAGUAAGCCGCAGUUGUCAGGACGACGAAUGUCUCCUCGCCUGUUGGUCCGCGAGCAAGGUAGAUCGCCAAACAAUGCUAAGAAGGAUAAAUCAUCACGCCGGAAGCGUAAAGCCGGAGCGGAUCCUUAA